AUGGAGCCGUUUAGGAAUGAUUCUCAAUAUAAUGAGAGUAGUGAUGAUGGGUUGGAAGUCGAAGAGUAUAACGAAUAUGUGAAUAAUUCGUGUAUAUAUGACUCUCUACAAGAUACCGAAAGUGACGCCAGUGACUGUAUAGUUCCUCCUAAGAGACGGAAUGUAUCAAGAAUUGUUAGUGAAAGUGAGGAGAGUCAAGACGAUGAAGAAGAAGAUCCUGAAGAAACAGAAAACUCAAAUACCAGUGAAGAAUGGGAGGACGUCACGGAAAAGGCCGAUUUGCCUUUUAGUUUUGCAUUCAAAACUUCUCCCCGAACAGUGGGACCACAAAUAUCUCGGGACGUGAAAAAAGCACUGGACUUUUUCAAGUUAUACUUCACGGACAUAUUGAUUGACCAGAUAGUAAAGGAGACCAACAACUACGCAAGAAAGAAGAUCAGCGAAAAAUAGUUGGCUAGCAAAUCAAUUUGGCAUUCGUGGGUCGACGUUACCCGUGAAGAAUUCAUGGCAUUCAUCGGCGUAAUUCUUAACAUGGGAACAAUGCCACUUCCAAAUAUAGCGGAGUAUUGGUCAGUUAGGAGCAAUACUAAAAUUCCUUUUUAUUCGCAAACAUUCAAAAGAGACAGAUUCCGGCAAAUUUUUUGGAUGCUACAUCUACGAACCGAUGCACCGUCCGAUACAUCGCUGAAAACCCGCAUUAGGAAGGCGGACGACUUUCUGCGAUACAUUGACACAAAAUUUGCCGAACAUUUUAUACCUGGCGAGGAUGUUUGUGUCGAUGAGUCAAUAGUAAAAUUCAAGGGCAAAAUUGCAUUCAUCACAUACAACCCCAAAAAACCAACGAAAUGGGGUAUAAGGAUUUACGUAUUGGCCGAUGUGGAAACCGGAUACGUAUAUUCGAUUUUGCCAUAUUAUGGAAGUUUGACGACCGAAACCUUAGAGAAACCAGAACUUCCAGUUAGUUCCAGAAUCCCAUUGACUUUGAUAAAGAAACUCCUGAACAACGUUCCAAGCACAGAGGGCUACCACCUGUACACGGGCAGAUUUUUUACAAGAUUGACAGGAACAAUAAUGCCAAACGGGAAACACCUGCCACCUCAAAUUAAGAAGCCUAGAUUUUUAACAAAAUGUACCGUAGCUUAUAAGAAGAAUAAUACGCUAGUCCUCGCAUGGACUUUCCUGAGCACCAGCGAUGCAGCAAGUCUCCAACACGUUACAGCAAGAAGACGCGGUGGUGGUGCAAUUAAUGUGUUGAAGCCAGUUGUAGCCGUAAAUUACACCAAAAAAAUGAGGGCUGUGGAUCGCGCUGACCAAUAUGCAGCAUCAUACUGUUUU